AGUUGGUUGUCGUGGUUGGAUAUGAUGCACGAAAAUGAGAUGAUUUCAAACGUCUCCACUUAUAUAUGCGAUGAAUUCAGCCAACAGUGGCUCAAACGGCACGAGAGCCGCGUUCUGGCCGUCAAAGACUUUCGUCAUCACUGGUCGCGAACGGUUCCCAAACUGUUUUCACCGCCGCUCGACUCGGACUGUCUGAACAUACAUUACGACGAGAUUGAGGCCAAGGAUCAGCUGAUCGCGCCGUUGGAGCGGUUCAUCACUGGUGUUCGCACUCCUCAGACCAUAUUCUCCAAACUCAGUCAAACCGAUGAUCCGCCGACUCUUUGCGGCCGUAUCUUCAAGUCAGGCGAACCCACGUAUUCGUGUCGCGACUGCGGAUUGGAUCCCACGUGUGUUCUGUGCGUCGAUUGCUUCAGAAACAGCACCCAUAAGAACCAUCGCUACAAAAUGGGCACAUCUAAUGGUGGAUCAGGUUUUUGUGAUUGCGGUGACAGAGAGGCCUGGAAGUCAAACCCUUUCUGUGAUAUUCACAUACAAGGCGUCAAUUCGGGGGACAUUGAAUCCAAUGAUGUCUUGAAGAGAGUUCCGCACGAGUUCUCUGAUCUGAUGGACAAAACUCGACUCGUGUUUAAAGCAGUUUUGGGCUAUUGUUUUGAAAUCCUGACGUGGGAUCAGAACUCAAGACUACCCGAAGAUUUGGUCAAUAAAGAUGACGAGACAGCGGAGAAUGAAUUGGAGGACACGUUUGUGACAAUGCUCUUCAACGAUGAGAUCCAUACAUACGAACAGGUGAUCAACACAUUGAGUCGAGCCAUCGAUUGUCUCCCAAAGGAGGCCAUAGAAUACGCGACAACUAUUGACAGAGAGGGUAGAAGUAUAGUGAAGUGCUCGCAAUCUCAGAUUUGCAGUCAAGUGAAGCAAUCCAUCGAAAAGAUCACUUCCAGACACGGAAGCAAACCAUUGAGAGUGGAUGUGAUGCACACCAGUGUUGUCGCGCAUCAGACGUUUGCCACUCGUUUGUUGAGUUGGUUACACGAAAUACUCGGCUAUUGCGAAGCGUUUCGGUAUAUUUUGGCAGAAGUUUUGAUGUCUAAAGACAUGGUUAACACUGAAAGCAGCGCUUCGUGUGAUUCGCCACUUCUGGAGCUAAUAAUGAAAGCGGACACACAGUUGUGGAAAUCGAUGCGAAACCAAUGGCACCAACUGUUCAUCAGUGGACUCCUAAUGGAGAGCAGGAGUAAGAAAGAGUUCGCCAAACUAUUCAUAAGAAAUUACCCGCAAUUGAUGAACGACUUCAUACGCGACGAUCACGACCACAGUAUGUCCAUCACAUCGCUGUCCGUCCAGUUGUUUACCGUUCCAUCGCUGGCGCAGGCGUUGAUCGCCGAAGAAAAUGUGAUCGUAGUGUUGCUGAAAACAUUUUUGAACGAAUGCGGUCGCCAUCGCAACCACGACGGGAAGCUGGCCUUUGAGCGCAACCAAUCGGCGAUCGCUAUCUUCCGGAGAGCGCAUUAUAUCCUCUUUGACCUGAAGUACAUCCUAUCCGUCAAACCCAACGAUUGGAGCGACGAUUUGAGGAAAAACUUUUUGUUAGGUUUGCAUACAUUAGUCGAUAUGUUAAAGUGGAUGCAAGGCAUGGACGCAGUGGUGCGACAAGUGGGCCAACACGUGGAGUUCGAGGCCGAGUGGGAGACGGGCGUCAAUCUGCAGCUACGGUUGGCCCCAAUCGUCGGUCUAGUCAUUGAGUGGUGCUCUUCUGAUCGCGAGACUCUCAUCAAGUCCUUAAACUAUACGCUCAAAGAAUUGGCUGAAUUCAUAAGCAAUUGUCCGAUGAGUGAAUGGGAGUUAUGCGGAUGUCGUGCCAAUUGUCUCGAUUAUGACGUCUCGUCAAUGCCUGUGACCAUUCAUUUGCCGUUCUCGCGACUCGUGGCCGGACUUCUGCUACAGUUGGGAAAGUAUGACUUGAAUUAUAACGAACCGAAUUUCAUUUGCGGCAAAAGGCCGACACCCGUUCAGCUGAUUGAACUGCCGCUCAGAACGCAAGUAAUGAUCGCUCAGUUCAGGGCCGGUAUGUGGAGACGGAACGGCUAUUCGCUGGUAAAUCAGGUCUAUUUCUACCAUAAUGUGAAACUGCGCGAAGAGAUGUACGACAGAGACAUAUUGAUGUUGCAAAUCGGCGCCGCCCGCUGUCCACCCAAUGAGUACAUGAUUCACGUUCUCAAUAAGUUUAGUCUACUUUUCUGGGCUCAGGAUAACUACGAGGGCGUCAACCGAAAGCCCGAAGAAGAUUACGUCCGGCAAACCAUCUCAUUGGUCGAGGAAUUCCUGGGACUCAUACUUAUCUUAAUAUCCGAACGAUUUGUUCCCGGAGUGGGAAAAGUAACACUCGAGGAGAGGAUCAAAAAGGAGAUCAUUCAAUGGCUGUCAAUGACUCCAAUGACUCACUCAGAACUCGUCAAAUACUUGUUGCCAAAGGAGACCAUCCCUUACGACUGUAGUAUCGAAGACAUAAUCAAAGAAGUGGCGACUUUCCGGAGACCAACCACACAGACGACCGGCAAAUACGAGCUCAAAGCCGAGUAUCACAAAGAUUUCAAUCCAUUCUUUUAUCACUACUCACGUCAGGACCAGUCAUGUGCUGAAGAAACGCAAAUGAAGCGCAAGAAACAGAACGAAGAAGAGCUGAUAUGCUGUCCGCCACCCAUUCCUCCUGAUUUCUCGCCACAAUUCGCAGCCAUAUCUCAGUUAAUAGAUUGCGAUGCAAUGCUUCAUUUCUGCCAGCAGUCGCUGUGCAUAACGUGA